CGUUGUUCUGCCACCCGCAUCCCUGCAUCAGUGUGCUAAUAUAUUACAUGGUGUCAGAAGUUUAAAAGUUAUACAAGGAAAGCUCAACAUUCCGAAACAUGGAACAAAUGAGACCACCAACUACUCUGAACCUAGAGGGAAAUCUAGUGUGGAUCCAGAAAUUCAACCUUUACCAUAUAUCAUCGCCGGUGGCAUUAACGAGAAAUCCGAAAAAGGGAAAUGUGCCACGUUCCUUCACGUAGCCGGAGAUGAUGGAAUCAAGGUAUUCAAUACUAUUGAUUUUGACGAUGAUGUAGAUGACUUGGAUGUAUUAAAAUACAUUUUCCGGACGUAAUAUGAGCCAAGAAAAAAAUGCAUCAGAUAACGUUAAGUCCGAUAUCUUUUUUACGAGAGUGCAAGGACAAACAAAGUCAAUUGAUGCUUAUGCGACUGAUCUAAAAAAUGACUUUGAGUUUCAACAAUUUACCGAGUCACUGAUACGGGAUAGAAUUGUGUGUGAAAUCACAAAUGACCAAGUGCGCGGCAGAUUACUCAGAAACACUGAAAAUGAACAACCACACACGUACUUUUAAACUGGAUACAGGAGCUGAAUGUAAAGUCUUGUCCGGGUGAUACUUGAAAACUCUGAAAGUGAAAGUGAGUGGGGCUAAUAAAAUACAGGCACUGACAUUUUGAGUGAAUAUGAAGAUGUAUUCACAGGACUCGGAUGUGUUCCAGGAGAUAAUAUAUUACACCUUUUGGUGUUUAAAUCACAUUUUAGCUUGAAGCGUGUUCGGUUAUCCUACAGACUCAGCGCAUUGCUACAUGGUACUUGAAGAAGAAACGGAGGUUAUUGAUUAAUUUAGUACACUGUUUGGAUUGAUCACAUCUAAGCGAAAGCUAUACUUUGUCAUGACGAUAUAAACGGAUGGAUGUGUUCCAGACAAGGAAGGACAUCUAUUGGCUGAAUUUGGCGGUCUGGAGUGUAGGUCAUUGUUUUGAAAGCGUUAUGAAAUGUGACAGUGUGUAAUCCCAUAUCUUCAGCCAAUAAUGAUAUAGCUCUGAAACGUUCUUACACGAUUUCCUGAUUUUCACAGGCAGACUACUAACAAGUUACUUGGGAGGAAAUGUUUUAUUUUACCCAUUGAUAGAACAUAGGCUUUCAAAUUGACAGGAGUUAUCUUACCCUGUCUUGGUUAGCAUUUGGACCUCCUUUCACUUUCAAAAUGACAAAAUCAGGCGGCAAAUCAAUGAUUUUGUCAUGUUGAAAGUGAAAGUAUGAGGUCCAAAUGCUAACCAAGGCAGGCAGGUUGUGAACCACCCCGAGAAUGAGAACGUACAUGUGUAUUGCGCUGUUGAGGAUAGCCUGUGAGUAAGCACUUCACAAAUCCAGUGUGUGGGUCUUCCAGUGAGUUGGAGAGGAUUGAGGAACCAUGGCACAGUUUGAAAGCUUGUGGACUAUACCUAUUAUAUUGGUGCUUGAAAGCAUCGGAUCCUGUAUUGCAUGUGGUAGAGCUGAGUACAGAAUAGGGGAUGAAUGUUGUCCCAUGUGUUCACCAGGAAAUCGUGUAUAUAAGCAUUGCACUGAAUUCACCAGUACCAGCUGUGUGCCCUGUGUUGAUGCUACUUUCCUUGAUGAGCCCAAUGGUCUCAUAAAAUGCAAAGUGUGUACCAACUGUGAUCCAGGUUUGGGUUUCAAGGUAAAGCAGCCAUGUAGACCUUCAUCAGACACUGUCUGUGGGACACUGGAGGGGUUCUACUGUCUAGACCCAACUAAGGAUGGUUGUAGAGCAGCCCAGAGACACAGCAGCUGUCUGCCUGGUCAAUACAUCAGCCACGCAGGAACAACAUCUACAGAUACUGUGUGUUCUGACUGUACUGGUGACACCUAUUCAAAUGGAUCAUUUACAUCCUGCCAGCCACACACACAAUGUGAUACCUUGAAGCUUCAGCAAAUUAAACCUGGAACUCAUUGGUCCGACUCUGAAUGUGGACCACAGACCUCCCCUCCCAUAGCAAUAAUAUCUGCUGUGGUGGUGGUGGUGGUAGUAGCUGUGAUGGCAGCAGUAGCUAUUAGAAGAAAAAUAAAAUAUCCUGUAUCUGGUGAGAUCAUUUUGGGGAAUUGUACAGUUUAAUUUAUUGUUUUAAUUCCCCAGAUGAACAAGUGAGAAACAUCCAACACUGAAUCAAAUCACAUUUUAUUUGUCGAAUACAACGGGU